UCCCUAAAUAAAAUGCUAAUUGCAAGGCAAAUAAUUCUCCCUACGUAUGCUUAGACAAUAUAUAUCUUAUCGGCUCUCCAGUCUCCACCAGUAUAGUUGCUUGCGACGCCUCUCGCCCGUACAAUGGAACCCCGUCUCUCUCCUACGGGUAAUGUGUCCAUUACCAAAUCCUAUAUGUUUAUUAUGAGGAAACAGUCAGAAAAGCUUCCUUUAUAUGCUUGCUUUAAUGGCCAUGCUUGGAAGAGGUGUACAGUUUUCUGUUCAGCUCCAAAGGGAAAACGUGGUUUUGGGCCUCAGCCUAUGAAAGAAAAGACUAACAAAGUUGAGGCCCCAAGAAAAGAAAUGCAAUCUGUUUCAGAACCAAGAAAAUCAGUGAAAAAGUACAACAACAUUACUGAUCAGGCACCUGGUUUAAAGAACUGGUCAGACAGAAAAUCCAGCAAUGUUAUCUUAGAUCGUGAAUUUGAGGAACGAUUGGAAGCAGUUAGAAGGUCUGCGAUAGAGCAAAAGAAAGCAGAGGAAAACAAGCAAUAUGGAGCGAUUGACUAUGAUGCUCAAAUUGAAUCAGAUCAAAAUACAAUUGGACUUGGUACCAAGGUUGGUGUAGGCGUGGCUGUUGUGGUCUUUGGCUUGGUUUUUGCCCUUGGAGACUUUCUUCCCUCUGGGAGUGUUAGUCCCACAGAGGAGGCUUCAGUUGUUGAAAACAAACUUACGAAAGAAGAGAAAGUAAAACUUCAGACUAGGCUGCAACAAUUUGAGGCAACACUUAGCAUCUCUCCAAAAGAUACAACUGCCCUCGAAGGAGCUGCAGUGACACUUGCAGAAUUAGGGGAGUAUAAUCGAGCAGCCUUCUUGCUUGAGGAUUUGACUAAGCAAAAGCCUAAUGAUCCUGAUGCUUAUCGUUUACUUGGAGAGGUUAAGUUUGAGCUCAAGGAUUUUGAGGGAAGUGCAUCUGCCUAUAGGAGUUCUGCAUCGGCAUCUAAGAGCAUUAACUUUGAGGUUUUACGUGGCCUUACCAAUGCAUUACUUGCAGCUAAGAAACCAGAUGAGGCUGUUCAAGUGAUUUUGUCUUAUCGUGAACAGCUGAAUGCUGCAAACUCAAAUAGUAGUGAUGUUCAAGCUGAUUCCAGUUUUAAUCCUGAAAUAGAAAUGCUGAAGGUUGACCCCAUUCAGGUUGACUUACUUCUGGGAAAGGCUUAUUCUGAUUCGGGCCAUAUCAGUGAUGCUGUUUCUGUCUAUGAUCAACUUAUUUUUAGUCAUCCUGAUGACUUCCGGGGAUACCUGGCUAAGGGAAUUAUAUUAAAAGAGAAUGGCAAUAUUGGAGAUGCAGAGAGGAUGUUUAUCCAAUUAUUCGUAGUAAUACAUGCAGGCACGGUUCUUUGCGCCAGAGAAAGCCAAAGCACUUGUUGACCGUUACUCAAGAAAGUGAUCACAUGUAGAGUACUCUUGACCUCAUUUAUAUGCAACAGAAAAGUCGUUUUCUGUAGAGAUGAUGGGAUUAGUAAUUGAUGAUUCUAUCACUUGGUAACCCUGAAGCUGCAUUCAGCUCUAGCUAUUUUAUUGGAAUUCCAGCUCAUGGUUUUUUCAUCAUAUCUUGUAAUAUUAAUUCCAUAUUGAUUCUUAGUUUUUGUUUGUAUAAUUAUAGGUGGGAAAUAUGUUUGGUUUAGGUUGACCCAUCUGGGUGAGACAUUUAUAAUCUUCCUGUAUAAGGGUAUAUUUGUCAAUCUGUUAUAUAAACAAUAAAAACAUUCUUGAGGGUUGGGGAUGAGAUGAUUUUUCUA